AUGAUUGAUAAUAGAAAGCUAAUUAGCAAUUUAAGGAGUAUCUUUCAAUUUAAUAAAACAGAUAAUAUGAAGAGGGUAAUAUUAUGUACGAAUGAUAUUAGAAGACAUAGUAAAGAGUUAUAUGAAUUUAUUUUGUGUAAUCUAAAGCGAUUCAUUCUCAUGGCCGAGCAUGAAGUUAAAAGGCGACCAUUGGGAUUUAAUGAGCUUUUGAAACAUAUUUUUGCACACUUAAAAACAUCAACUCAUCUUAUUUAA